CUAAUUUACCGUAUCUGACCUUUCCGUUUCGAUCAAAAACCCUAUCGCUCGAUCCGAAACCCAAAAGAAAAACUGUUAAACCCGCUCCACCCGCGCGACAUCAAAACAACACCGAAAAUCUGAGAGUUCAUAACACCCGCAGAACAAUAAUCAUGGCCUGCAAUUCCUCAAGCUGCAACUCCAAUUGUUACAAAAACGACAACGUCGAACAAUCGCUACACUCACCACGACCAACUGAUCGUAGUUCAAGUUAUACUAGUAGUAAUGGACAACAGAAUUUAUGCGUCAAGUGCAAGACCAACCAACCCAUUUCUGCUACCUCUGGCGGCCGCGGAGGCGGAGGCGAUGAUACUCGCUUUUGUGGCGAUUGCUUUAGGAGCAAUCUUUACGGGAAGUUCAGGCUCGCCGUUACUUCUCAUGCUAUGGUUACCCCUUCCGAUAAUGUCCUCGUCGCUUUCUCCGGCGGCCCUGCCUCUAGGGUGCUUCUGCAAUUUGUAAAUGAAAUGCAACGUAGAGCACAGAAGAAUUUUGAUGCAAGUAAGGAUAGAUCAUUGCCAGUAUUUGGUAUUGGAGUGGCAUUUAUUGAUGAAAGUGCUGUCUAUCCAGUUCCUUCUGAGAAAUUUGAUGAGGGAAUUAGAGAGAUGAAAUUGGUUGUGUCUAAUUUAGCACUACCAACAAAGAAGUUACAUGUUGUUCCCAUUGAAAAUAUCUAUACUUCAGAUUCUAUUGAUGGCAAGGACAAACUGGCAAAGAUACUAAAUGCUGUUACUGAUCCCACUGGUAAAGAAGAUCUUUUGCUGCAUUUGCGGACGUUGGCCUUGCAAAAGAUUGCUUCUGAAAAUGGAUACAGCAGACUUGUUUUAGGAUCAUGCAUGUCAAGGAUUGCUUGCCAUGUCCUUACAGAGACGGUUAAGGGAAAAGGAUAUUCUUUAUCAGCAGAUAUACAAUAUGUUGAUGCCAGGUGGGACAUCCCAGUAGUGCUUCCGCUUCGUGACUGCACUGCACAAGAGCUAAACUUGCUAUGCCGUCUUGAUGGUCUAAAGAAUCUGCAGUUACUUAAUAGUCCUCCCCCAAGCAUCAACAGUUUGGUGUCGUCAUUUGUUUCUCUAUUGCAGGAAGACAAUCCUUCCCGAGAGUGUACAAUUGUACGUACAGCUGGAAAGCUUACUCCAUUCCAUUUCAAUAGAAUUCCUGAAAUCAAUGAUUCUAAUGUUCCUUUGGCUACUCGAAGGCGCCAAAAAAGAUAUAAUCUUAAGCCUGUGGAAUCUAUUUCGUCAGAGUCAUUCUGUCCUAUCUGCAAUAGUCCUCUCAAUGUUACUGAUUUGUUGAGUUUGAGCAGUCCCAAAAAUAGCACAAGUUCAAGGUUUCAUGCUACAUGUUGUUCAAGUUGCCGCUUUCAAAUACUUCCCAAGGAUGUCUCAUUAAUGGAGCAUUUCUAUUCAUCUUUACCCCAGCAAUUGGUUGCUCGAGCAAAGAAUGAUCGCAAUUUCAGUUUGCUAAGGGAGCAAAUUCAAGAUUGUCUGCUUUCAGACAAUGAGGAUGAAAGUUGAAUUCAUAUGCCUCAUCUCACCUUGUUCUUUUGUUUUCUUGACAUCACUUAUUAUUUGGUUUCGAGCAGAAGAAAACACUGGUGUCCUAAAAUUGUUGAUUUUGUGAGAAAAUCUCAUUAACAUUUGUUGGAUUUGUAUACCAUUUCUUCGAAGUAUUGAUGCAAAAAUUGCUAUUUUCAUUUUUAUUUGAGUUGGAUUUGGUCAUGAA